UCUUCAGAUUCAUCAACUCGUCGUGGAGAUCUUCGGCUAGCGUCACCGGUCCAUCAAUCAGUGGAGGGAUAGCAAAAAGAAAUGACUACAGCAGCACGACCCACAUGGGCACCUGCAAAAGGUGGUCACGAACAAGGUGGUACUCGGAUUUUUGGCCCCUCUCAGAAAUAUUCUUCGAGAGAUAUUGCAUCUCACACAACUCUCAAGCCCAGGAAAGAAGGGCAGAAUACCCAAGAUGAAUUGCAGAAACGGAACCUUCGGGAGGAGCUAGAAGACAGUGAGCGGAGGCAUUUUGCCUCAAAAGAGGACAGAGACCGGAGGAAGGGAGGUCACCUUCUCUUGGAAGGAACAAAGAGAGAUGCUGAAGAUCGCAUUGUUCCACGCAGCGUGGAUGCUGAUGAUUCAGAUGUUGAUGUUAAGAGUGAUGAUGGAAGUGAUGACGACGAUGAUGACGAUGAAGAUGACACUGAAGCUCUUCUGGCCGAGCUUGAACGAAUAAAGAAAGAGCGAGCUGAGGAGAAUCUUCGGAAGGAACGGCAAAAGCAGGAAGAGGAUUUGAAAGUCAAAGAAGCAGAACUACUCCGUGGAAACCCUCUACUUAACAAUCCAACUUCCUUCAAUGUCAAACGAAGGUGGGAUGAUGAUGUAGUUUUUAAGAACCAAAGUCGCGGUGAAACCAAAACUCCGAAGCGUUUCAUCAAUGAUACUAUUAGAAAUGAUUUCCACAGGAAAUUUCUUCAGAAAUACAUGAAGUGAUCCUAAUGUUCGAGUUGAUGAAUCGAGAGUAGAUCUCUAGUAAAUCUGAAG